GGCGCCGUGAGUGACCCCGGGCCGCGAGCGACCCCGGGGGCCGCUGCCGCGGGGAACGGCCCGGGGAGCCCCGGCCCGCCUGCUUCGGAGAGUGAGGGGAAGCGGAGGCUGGGACGGGGAAGGAUUCGACGGUGGCGAGCACUGCCGUUUCCUCCCCUCGGAGCCCUGCUGGGGCCCCGCCAUCCCGCCCCGGGGCGUCCGUGCCCCGUCCCCUCUCGGUGCGCGAUGUUGGUCGGAAGCAGCGGCUCCGUGUCAUUGUCCCUGCGGGUCCAGGGCACCGGUGGCAGCAGCGCCGUUAGCAAGUGCUCGGCGGCUGCACGGGGCUAUAUCCAGGACCGGUUCCUGCGGCUUCUGGCGGGGCGGCGGCGACGGCGAGCGCCGCUCAUCCACCGGGGUUAUUAUGUCCGUGCCCGUGCUGUAGAUCACUGUGUUCAGGACUUCCUGCUGAAGACACAAAGCCUCUCCAGGACACAGAUCCUAUCUUUAGGUGCUGGCUUUGAUUCUUUAUACUUCCGUUUGAAGGAUUUGGGCCUUCUGCAUCACACUGUGGUAUUUGAGGUAGAUUUCCCAAAUGUGGCACACCAAAAAGCUACUCUGAUCAAAGGAAUGAAGGAGUUGUCAGCACUGGUGGGAGACACUGGAGGGGAAGGAUUAGGAGCCAUUACCUUUUCUGGAGAGGAUUAUAAAUUACUGGGAGUGGAUUUAUCGGAGCUGUCUGAGCUGGAGCAAACCCUGGAGGAAGCAGGACUGAACAAUGAAAUCCCCACCCUCUUCAUCGCAGAGGUGGUGCUCACCUACAUGGAGAACACCAGGUCAGAUGCCUUGAUUCAGUGGGCAGCAGAGCAUUUCCCACAGGCAUGCUUCCUAGUGUAUGAGCAGGCGCACCCAGAGGACCCCUUUGGACAUGUCAUGCAGCAGCAUUUCAGCCAGCUGAACACUGCACUGCACUCACUGGCACAGUACCCUGACUGUGAGGCUCAGCAGAGGCGCUUUCUGGGGAAGGGCUGGACUGAGUGCAGUGUCAUGGAUAUGAAUGAGUUUUUCACCUGUUGUAUUCCAGAAGAUGAGCAGCAAAGAGUGCAGACUCUGGAGCCUUUUGAUGAGUAUGAGGAAUGGCAUCUGAAAUGUUCUCAUUACUUUGUGUUGGCUGCAUCAAAGGGGAUGGAACCUUCCUGGACUCCGUUUUUACCCAGUGUGACAGUUCCUCGUCAUGCUGGUCCUGUUGGGAUGGCUGGGAGUGUCCCUGCAGCAGUAUGUGCAAGGCUCUCAGGAAUUCCUGGUCUGAGACGUUACGGUCACCACUCUGUUCUUAUAAAACCCAAUGUGAUUCUUACCACGGGAGGCUUUGGGGAGGAGCAUGGACAGCACUGCCGCAUGAGAAACUUCCAUGUGCUGAGUAAGCGUGCAGGCUACUGGGAAGCUGUCUGUGUGACACAGAAUAUUCCUGAUGAAAGAUGGGGGGAGAGGUUGUACCAUACUGUGUCUUGUCUCUCAGACACUCUGGCCCUGGUGGUAGGAGGACGAACUUCCCCAUCGAGUGCAGGCUUGGGAGCGCUGUGGCUGAAGUUCCCCAAAACCUGUAAUGCUUCAGGCCCAGAUGACGUUUCAGUGGAGCUUGUAAGUCUGCAGCCUGCUGCUAAAGCAGCAACUUCUCGUUGGAGACACAGCACAACUGAAAUGACCUUCAAAGGUGAGCAGUACUUGUUUGUGUAUGGUGGCCGCUCUGCUAUGGAGCCUGUGCUCGGGGAUUGGUAUUUCCUGCACACUCCAGAACUCUCCUACACUGAGAUUGCUGUUGAGGGUCCAGUCCCAGAAAGCCGCCACUCUCACAGUGCCUGCAGCUGGGAAGGAGGUGUGCUGAUUGCAGGAGGUCUGGGAGCAGCUGAGCAGCCCUUAGGUUCAGUUUUCCUUUUGAGGGAGCUUGAACAUGGUUUUCAGUGGCAGACAAUAGACACACACCCUCCUCUUGUCCCAAGGUAUUCACAUACUGCACAUGUGCAUGAGGGAAAGCUUCUGCUCAUUGGUGGAGUGUGGUUUCAUGCAUCCUCUGUGCCAGGUGUCACUGUCAUUGACUUAAUCACUGGUCUCUGCUUGGACUAUGUGAUUAAUGUGGAACACCUGGAGUGGCCAUUAAUGCUACACAAUCAUAGCAGUGUCUUUCUGCCAAAUGAGAAGGAGCUGUUGGUUAUUGGUGGUGGUGGAAACUGCUUCUCCUUUGGGACACACCUGAACCCAGAGCCUGUCUCACUGAGCCUCAGCAGCAUCCUGAUCAAUCACUGAGUGGCACCAAGCAGGGCUGAACCAUACUACUGCACUGUGGGGAGAUGUCUGUUCACUCUAGGUCCAAAAGCAGCAUGAUAUUUCUACAAAGGCUUUGUAUCCAGAAUGCAUUUGUGAAGGUGGGAUCAGGAGGGACAGUUAAAACAAGGGAUUCACACCUCACUGGCUGUUGCAUUUUUACGACUCUUUGUGUUGCUGUAAAUAAAAUACCUCAAAAGCAGCUGGCAGCAGUAGUCCUUAGAGGUGACGAAUAGUGUGGUUUGAGUUGGAAGGCACUGUAGAGAUCAUCCUGUUCCACCCCCCUGCCGUAGGUAGGGAAACCUACUAUCCCAUAUUACUCCAAGCCCCAUCCAACCUGGCCUUGGACAUUUUCACAGAUGGGACAGCAACAGCUUCUUGGAGUAACCUGUGUCAGGGCCUCACCACCCUCAUGGGGAAGAAUUUCUUCCCGAUAUCCAAUCUAAACCUACUUUGUCUCAGUGAGAAGUUUUUCUCCCUUGGCCAGUCACUACAGGCCCUUGUAGAUAUAGUCUCUCUCCACCUUUCUUGUUGGCACCCUUCAGGUACUGAAAGGCCUCAGUUAGGUUCACUCCAAAGCUUCUCCAGGCUAAACAAUUCCAAUUCUCUCAGCCUUUCGUCAUAGCAUAGAGGUGUUCCAUCCUAUUGAUCAUCUUGAGGUUUCCUCUGGACUCUCUCCAGCACUUCCAUGUCCUUCCUGUGCUGGGAGCCCAGAGCUACAGGCAGCACUGCAGGUGCGAUCUUACUAGAGCAGGGCAGAAGUGAAGAGUUCCCCCCCCUCCCUGGCUGCUCACACUGUGGGAUCAGCCCAGCACAGAGGGCCAGGGCAUGUCCAGCCUCAUUCACCAGCAUCCCCAAGUUGGUCUUGGCUAGGGCUCUUUCGAUCUCUUCAUCCCCCAGCCUGGUAU